GUCUUGAAAACAGCAUGCCGAUCCGAGCAGCCGAGACAGUCUUCCGCGACGGCGUCUUUGACGGCAAAGUCGCCAUCGUGACGGGCGGCGGCACGGGUAUCGGCAAGUGCAUCGCCCACGAGCUCGCGUCCCUCGGCUGUUCCGUCGUCAUUGCCGCUCGCAACCUCGAGCGCUUGAAUGCGGCGGUUGCCGAGAUCAAGAGCGAGCUCUCGCCCAAGCACGCGGCCCGUGACUGCGUCUUUGCCGUGGCGUGCGACGUGCGCAAGGAAGACGACGUCAAGCGCUUGAUGGCAGCGACACUGGGAAAGUACCAUCGCAUCGACUACCUUGUCAAUAAUGCUGGCGGGCAAUUCAUUGCACCAUUUGAAGAUGUGACGCUCAAGGGCUGGGAGGCGGUGCACCGCCUUAACUUGACGGGCACAUUCCUCGUCACCAAGUACGCGUACGAGGCGUACCUCAAAGAACACGGCGGGUCGGUUGUCAACAUCCUCGUGAGCAUGGCGAAAGGCUUUCCGGGCUCGAGCCACAGCGGGUCGUCGCGCGCCGGCGUCGAAAACAUGACCAAGUCGCUUGCGGUCGAGUGGGCGCCGCGCGGCAUCCGCCUCAACGCGGUCGCGCCCGGCACGAUUCUGAGCUCGGGCGUCGGCAACUACUUUGGCGGCGCUGCGCUCUUUGAGAAGCUGGCGCGCAAGUUCCCCGCGCAGCGCAUGGGCACGGUCGAAGAGGUGUCGGCAGCCACGAUUUUCUUGCUGUCGCCGGCCGCCUCGUUCACGACAGGCACGACUGCUGUUGUGGACGGCGCCAUGUACCUCGAGGGCAACUUCUGGGACCUCACUGAGCACGACAACUUUCCCGUGUAUGGCAAGAGCAAGCUCUAAUGGACGGUGCCUCCAGCACUGCAUGAACUACGCCCUGUCAUCGACGACUCUACCCCUCUUGUGUAUAACCAUAAAGCGUGGCAUUGAACAACCA